CCCUUCAGCGUUCUGAUGACCGUGAAAAAGCAAAUAUCCGUUUUUGGUGUGUGUACUGGUAGCCGGUAAUAUUUAUGAAAAUUAAAUGCUAUCGAGUGACAAGUAAUGAAUCAUUUCAGGACUCUCAUUUUCCUUAAGUCAACACGAGCUCCAACUAGAGUCCAAAUGGCUUAAAUACUUGUCGUCAAUCAGCUGCAGAGCUAAAAACAGCUUUGGCUUAUUACUCAAAAGAAUAUUGGAGGGUUCUAGUUCUUUUAGUAAAGAUACUAAGAUGAAGAAAGACCUCAGUAACUAUUGAUUGAAAUGUCUCAUUCUGGGAAUCAGAGUACUUCAUUUUGCUUUCAACAAAUUCUCAAAAUUUACAAGCGUUCUGGAACCUUUCUGCCGCAGGAAGAAGCUAUUCCCCCUUUAAUGAAGGAUGAAGACUGAAUAGAAUAUAGCUACAAGAUGAAGAAGUAGUCCGAUUUAUUUCCAGGUAUUCUUAAAUAUCGCAAUCUGAAUGGUUUUUUUCCCAAAUCAGUGGAUAGCGGGUUCCCAGUGCCGAUUCCGACACUGUGAAGAGGCCCUUGGCAGUGACACUGUGUGCUCAUUAUGGAGAGAAGGAAAAUGUUUAGAUCCACUUUGCAGAUUUAGACACAUGGAAAUGCAGCAAAACUGCAGUAUUUCAUGCUUCUGGGAAACUCAGCCUCUUGGUUGUGUGAAGAUCAGUUGUAUCUUUUAUCACAGCAAACCUCGAAAUAUCAAUGGAUUAUUUUUGCCACCAAGUAGCAAUAUCACUCUACAGAAAGAAACUCAGGAAGGCAUUUCACCCCCAGCCCAGAGUCAGGAACCUCUGAAACCUCAGGAGAAUAUAUCACGACCUAUUCACCAUCCCUUAGUGUUAAAAACGAAUUUUGAGGAAGAAGAGGAGGAAGGAGAUGAACAAAAUGAUGCUUCUAGUUUAUGGACAAAGACGCCUGAAGAAAUUGAAGAAAAAAGAGCAAUAAAGGAGAUGUGUUAUAAAUCUGGUGAAUACUACAGAUUUCACACUCCUCCAGAUAUUUCAUCUUCUAAAAGCAUAGCCUCUACAGUGGAAAAAGAGUUAGAAAAGCCUUUGGAAAAUGGCAGUGAAUUGCAAGAAGGGGAUGGUCUGACAGUUCCAACAAAAUUUAGCCUCUCUGAAAGGCAAGGGGAGAUGAAAGCAUCACUGGAUGGGAAACCAAGGACUGACAUUGCUGCUUUUGAAAAUGGAGGAGGUGACUGCCACGUUCCACAGAGGAUCAUAUUUCUUGGAGUGGAUGAAAAAGAAGUUUUGACUGAAGGGAAAGAAGUCACCAUGUCAAAAUGUUCAAAUGCUAAAGAUAACCAGGACAGUCCUCAUCCAAAGAGUUCCCUAACUACCCGACUAGUACCUACAACGCAUGUAUUAAAUGCUACUGAGAAUAUCAGUAUGAAGUGCAGAGAGGACCCCUCUUCAAUGAAUGAUGUCCAGCCCGUGAGGAAGCCUCAUUUUAAAGGUGUGAAAAAAAGAAAAUGGAUUUACGAUGAACCAAAGAGCUUUCCUGGCCCAGGAAUGCGGAGAGCAGUACAGGCUCCAAAUCCCAAAAAUAAAAUGAGUUACCACCGCAAUCAUAGAAACAGAAAUUCCGAGAACGCAGCCUAUAUUCAUGUUCAGAAAGAUGCUGUCAAGACUGUCUCAUGGAAUGCACCUCCCCGCGGCAGGCCCACAAACGGGUCCUACAACAGAGCUGAUAUCAACAAGGAACCCAAAUUCAACCUCUGUUCAGAUAAAUAUACGUCAACAUCAUAUAAUGGUUCAGCCUGGCGAAAAAGAAUUCCUUUUUCAAAAACAUAUUCAAAAACUGAAAAGAUAUAUACAGAGCCAAGAAGAAAUGGGAGCAAGUAAACCUGGAGGUUGAGAGAAGAGAAAAAUGAGAAAAGAGAAAAGUGCCAGAAAUCAUCUGAUUUAC